ACCCAGACGCCCGCGCGCACAGCCGGCCGCCUGGGGCCCCCCGGGACCAUGAACAGCAGCAGCAACAGCAGUAGCAGCAGCGCCAAAGGCGGCGGCGGGGGCAGCGGGGGCGGCAGCGACAAGGAGCCCAGCCCGAGCGACGGCGGCCUCCCGGAGGAAGAGGUCCGGACCCUCUUUGUCAGUGGCCUCCCUCUGGAUAUCAAGCCUCGGGAGCUUUAUCUGCUCUUCAGACCUUUUAAGGGCUAUGAAGGUUCCCUAAUAAAGCUGACAUCAAAGCAGCCUGUCGGCUUUGUCAGUUUUGAUAGUCGAUCAGAAGCAGAAGCUGCCAAGAACGCUCUGAAUGGCAUUCGCUUCGAUCCUGAAAUUCCCCAGACCUUGCGGCUAGAGUUUGCCAAGGCAAACACAAAGAUGGCAAAGAACAAACUUGUCGGGACCCCGAACCCCAGCACUCCUCUGCCCAGUACUGCCCCUCAGUUCAUCACCAGGGAGCCGUAUGAGCUCACAGUGCCUGCACUUUAUCCCAGUAGCCCUGAAGUGUGGGCCCCGUACCCUCUGUACCCGGCGGAGUUGGCGCCUGCUCUGCCCCCUCCUGCUUUCACCUAUCCCGCUUCACUGCAUGCCCAGGUCCCCUGGCCCCAACCUGCAGCGGGGGUCCUGCCCCCUCUGCCCUUCCUUCACCAUCUGUCUCAGGAAGGCCACUCCAGCUCUGCUCUUUGCUUAAUGAGCAAAUGGAUUCAGAUGCACACAGCCGGGAACCACGGAUGCGCUGGCUCCCUCCCUCCGAGGCUACUUCUCAGGGCUGGAAGUCCCGUCAGUUCUGCUGAACACUGUGUACCAGGUGUGUGAUGGCGGCUACACUUUGUCUUGUGGGUAUUGAUACAAUCUUCGGCAGUGGCUGCUGGCUUCACGAGCUGUUUUGUUAAGACUGCAGCUUACUGGCUUGAAUGAAGCAUCACCUGGUUUUGAUUCCUCCAAGACUUUGCUACAGCCUCUAUCACACAUCUGUACUUGUCGAAGAAAAAGUAUAAUAAUAAAUAAAAAAUGUUUUUCUCUUUUACACUGUA